GUUGAUUUGUCAACAACAGGCGCCUGACAACCGCGAACAUCACCUAACGGGCUUUAAAGUUAUUAAACAAGCACUUUCUGUUUUAUUAGUCGGGAGUUACUGAUUGUUAGGGCUUUAUGGAUUUUAAAUGGACGUCGUUGAGGAGUAAAGUAGUUUUUUAAUGGAUGCUGUAGCUAGCUAGAGGGCUAGUAGUGUAGAGCAGCAGGUCAACAGGUGAUGUGUGAGUCAGGGAUUAAUAAUGGCUUCUAAAGUGUGGCAGCAUCCUUAUGUAAACGUGUUUAAGCAUAUAAAGCUGGACGAAUGGAGGAAGGCCAGGAAAGAAGGAGAUGUUACAACGUGUAUGGACAAAACACUCAAGUGCACCGUGUUCCGCAUCCGUGGUUCAGUUCCGGCCAGCAACUACAUCCUGAUUCCCAAAACCAGCGGCCAGUCUCUGGGCCUCACGGGCCGCUACCUGUACCUGCUCUUCAGACCUUGUCCCAAUAAACACUUCAUAGUGCACCUGGAUGUAGCUGCUGAGGAGAGUCAUGUGAUUCGUGUGUCAUUCUCCAGCAUGUUCAAGGAGUUUAAAUCCACAGCGACAUGGCUGCAGUUCCCUUUCCUGUGUGCUGCUGCACCCGGGUCUUUGUACGAGAGCACAGCAAAGACCACCAAACACGGUCUGGUCGGUCCAGCCCCAGUAGGUGUGCGCUGGACAUGCCUGAUGAUAGACCUGCAUUACGUGCUUUCAGUCUACGUGAACAGAACACACAGCCACUUAAAGAGCGUCAAACUGUGCGCCAACAUCACCGUCAAAAAUCUGGUCACCAGCGACCUGCUUCUGGACCCUGGUCUGUCAUUUUCGGAAGUUCGCCAGAUGGGCAUGGUGCUGCCUGAGGGCACGUCCCCUAUGCCCAGAGACAUGUGCUUUCCUGUGCCGAAAGGCGGCAACUGGCACCAGCUGUACGACUACAUCAGAUUUCCAUCUGACGGUGCAAAGACACCAUUUUUCUCCAUUCAGGAGGGACAAAGCAUUGAAGCCUCAACACCACAACCCCUUGAGGACAAAAGACAAGAGAGCUGCAGUGUGGGCGUCGGCAACCCAGUGCAGACCCGCGUCUCCCCCACUCAACACAUCACCACACCCAAGCCUAGCGCUACGCAGUGCACACUGUUGCACACCUCCAGCCUGCCCGAGCUGUCCACAGCGUCUUCCGAGACAAUAGGCAACCCCAGACUUACAGGUCAUAGGUCAUGGAUCGAGGAAGAGGAGGAGGAGGAGGGCGGCAGGGUCGUGUGUGAUGAAGGAGACAGCGUGCACGUGUACGCUCACUAUAAGGACGAUGACAUCAGCGCCCGUUCGUCAGACAGCGAUGAAGUGGCAGUGGUCAACGCAGCUGUUCCUCGUCCUCUUCCUCUGCCUUCAACCAAAGCAGCCAAGCAGCAAAGUAGGCUGCACCCUGACCCUAUACUGAAGCUGAACAGAAUCAUUGGCUUUGGUGGAGCAACAGUGAGAUGUGCCGUGUGGGCUUGUGACGGAGAAGAGGUCGUGUAUCCGUGUCACGCCAUCAUCGUCAGCAUGAAGGUCUCAUCUGGUCAUCAGCGCUUUUUUAUCGGCCACACUGAUAAAGUGACGGCCCUGACUCUGAACUCCAGCUCGUCUCUCUUGGCGUCGGCUCAGACAGGAACACACAGCCUGGUCCGGCUCUGGAGCUACGACAAGGGAGACGCGCUGACCGUUAUCAAACCGCAGACACACUCUCUGCACUCGCUCAGUUUGUCCUCCAGUGGUGAGGUUCUGUGCGGAGUGGGCAAAGACAGCCAUAACAAAACUACAGUUGUGUUAUGGAACACACAGCGAGUUCUGAAAGGAGGUGUCGUCUCGGUUCUGGCUAAAGCUCACACAGACGUCGACGUCCAGACCAUGAAGAUCACCUUCUUCGAUGACACACGCAUGGUGUCUUGCGGCGCGGGUAACGUGCGCUUGUGGCGCGUGCGCGGCCACACUCUGCGCUCGUGCCCCGUUAACCUGGGACAGUACCACAGCCUGGAGUUUACCGACCUUGCGUUCGAGCAGACACACACUCCGGGACGACACCCGGACGAGCGCACACUGUUUGUCAGCAGUAAAAGUGGCCACAUCCUGGAAAUUGACUACGUCUCAGUGACGAUUCAGAACGUCAGGAGGCUCCUCCCUUCUCAGCAAAGCCACACCCACAGCAGAGACAAGCAGACCUUCAGUACAGGGCCGGGUAUUGCAGUAAACAGUAUCAGUGUGUGCAGCGCGUUCUGUGUGACAGGCUCAGAGGACGGCUUCCUGCGUCUCUGGCCUCUCGACUUCUCCUCCGUCUUUCUGGAGGCGGAACAUGAAGGUCCAGUCAGUCUGGUGCACGUAUCUUCCGACGGUCUGAGCGUCCUGGCGGCCACCAAAACGGGAAACCUUGGCUAUCUGGACGUCAGUAGUCGUGGUUACCGCACGCUGAUGAGGUCACACACGGACACAGUGUUGGGCUUCAGCGUGGACGGGACACGGCGCCAGAUCACCACGGCGUCCUGUGACGGCACCGUCCGUAUCUGGGACGUGGACUCCACCCAGCAGCUGUACGACUUCGUAUCUGAUGAUCAUAAUGACGCCCCGACCUCAGUGGCCUUCCAUCCCAGCAUGCACAUCUUCGCUUGUGGUUCCAGCUCUGGGACCGUCAGAGUGUUUGACAUCGCUACAUCCAACUUACUAGCUGAACACAGACAGCACCGGGGUGCAGUGGUCGGUUUGGUGUUUUCUCCAGAUGGUGAGCAUCUGUAUAGCGCCGGCUCUCUGGGAUACCUCGCCCUCUACAAUGCUUCCCAAACGGAAUAUGGCGUCCUCCGCGUGCUAGGUAACAUGAUUGUGCAAGGUACAGAUCGUGGCCCGGAUGCUUUGGCUGUGAGUCCAGAUAGUAAACGCCUAGCAUUUGUCGGUCCCACAGAAUAUAUAGUAACCAUCACGGAAGCACGUUCUCUUGACAAGUUACUCCGUGUCGAUGUGAGCGUAUCAGAUGUUGAGAGCACGACGCUGGAUUCGGCGUUAAAGGUGUGUUUCUCCGCGUCCUCCCUGUCCCACCUGCUCGUCACCACUUCGGCCAAUAAAAUCCUGUGGCUCAACAGUAACACGGGAAGGCUGCUCAGAGAGGUAUCUGAAGUGCACAAGGAUCAGUGCUCGUCUUUGUCUGUCAGUGAAGACGGACGCUACCUGCUCACUGCUGGACACAACACGGUCAAGGUCUGGGACUACAACAUGAAGCUUGACAUCAAGUCGCAGGUAUUCAUCGGUCACUCUGAGCCCAUUAGACAGGUGAGCUUCACUCCUGACCAGAUGAGCGUGGUUUCCGUGGGCGACGCCAUUUUUUUCUGGGACUUUCUGGCUCAUUCACAGGUAGUGCCUUCCUCCAGAUCACCAGUAUGCGCCAUCUCUCCUCCUAGAGCCGGGAUAAACCCACGAAGCUCUCCUCCCAAAUCAGUGGCUGUGAAACACAACGAUUUGGAGUUUAACGGAGAGUUUUUGUCCGGUGGGAUUCCUCGAAAGGCAGCGCCUCUUCCCUCUUCGCCUCCGCCCGUUUUAGAUAUGAUCUCCAGAGAGAAGACGAGGCCUGAGGAUUCAUCUUUCCUGUCGGUCACUGAUCACACUGCGGAGGUGCAAACCGGCCUUGGCCGUUCCCCUGCUCCUAGACAAGUUUCAUUCCUGCGAGUCACGGAAAGGGGCGGGGCUACAAAAUCUGUUACUGCUGCAUUUAGUCAGAUCACAGGGGAGGAGAAUGGAGAGCAGGACAAGCCGAUCCGUCCAGACUGUUACAAACACUUUACGACUUGUUACAAAACGUCUGCACUUGACCUGAAUGCUGUAACUCCACCUCCAGGACAGGAAGGUCUUCGCCUCAAAGCUGUGAUUGGUUACAAUGGCAAUGGGCGAAGCAACAUAGUCUGGAACCCAGACACAGGUCUGUUUGCGUAUUCCUGUGGGUGUGUGGUUGUGGUGGAGAAUCUCCGCAAUGGUUCUCAGAAACACUGGCUCGGCCACAGCGAGGAGAUCUCAACCCUCGCUGUGACACACGAUGCACAGACAGUGGCCUCUGCGUCUGGAGGCGGGGCAUCGUCCAGGAGCCUCAUUUGUAUUUGGAACGUUCAAGACGGGUUACGCCGAAACAGCAUGUUGUAUCACAAGGGCUCGGUGCAGAGUCUGGCUUUCUCCAGAGACGACCUGUACUUUCUGUCCGUAGGUGAUUUCGAGGAGUCGACGGUGGCACUGUGGAGCACGCGCUCGUUUGAGCUGUUGAGCUCCAUCCGAGCGAGCGUCCCACUGCACGAGGCAGCGUUCUGCCCCGCCAGUGCCGGCCAGCUGGCGUACGUCGGCUCCGGCGUCGUCUUUUUCUGCAACAUACACACACAAGGCCGUGAAGCAGAGCUACAGGUCCAUCCCGUGGAUUUGCCUAAGGAGAUCGGCGAAGCGGAGGUCACGUCACUUUGUUACAGCUCUAACUUUAUCCUGUAUACAGGGACGAACGGUGGGCGUGUGUGUGUCUGGGACUGCAGCACACGCCGCUGCUUCAUGACCUGGGAGGCUGACGAUGGUGAAAUCGGUGUGCUGCUGUGUCGCGGUGACCGGCUGCUCACUGGCAGUAACAGUAAGAAGCUGAAACUCUGGUCAGUGGCUGCGGCGCAGAAUUUCAGACCUUCGAACGCUGAAACAAGAAGCCAGGACCGCGACGCUCAGGUGCUCCUGGAGCAGGAGAUGGUGCUGGACGGCACGGUGGUGAGCGCAGCGUUUGAUGAUGUCAUGGAUAUGGGAAUUGUGGGUACGACUGCAGGAACACUGUGGUACAUUAACUGGACAGACAACACCAGUAUACGCUUAAUCAGUGGCCACAAGAGCAAGGUAAACGGUGUGGUAUGCAGUCCGGACGAGCAUCACUUUGUCACCUGUGGGGCGGAUGGCAGCGUGAGAGUGUGGGCGCUGCCUAGCAACGAGCUACUGGUCCAGUUUCAGGUGCUCAACCAGAGCUGCGAGUGUGUGUGCUGGAGCCCAGCAGCAGGACUGAACGAGCUCGGCACAGUCGGCCGCGUGGCUGGAGGCUACAGCGACGGCUCCGUGCGGAUCUUCAGCGUAGCUUCGGCUGAGAUGGAGCUCAAACUGCAGCCUCACCACAACGCCGUGAGUGCGCUGCAGUACUCACACCACGGUCAGGUGAUGCUUUCAGGAGGACGAGACGGUGUCAUUGUAGUGAGCAACCCGUCGACAGGAGCCUCCUUACGCAUCAUCAAUGACCACAAGGGGGCGCUGAUCAGCACUAUACAGUGCACUGGCAAACAGUAUAAGGAGUACGGUCUGGAGGGCAGCGAGCUCUGGCUGGCCGUCAGCGCCGACCGCCGCGUCAGCAUCUGGGCAUCUGAUUGGGCAAAGGACAAAUGCGAGCUCCUGGACUGGCUGACGUUUCCAGCUCCCGCCCCUCCUCAGGACGCAGCAAGCUUGCUGCCCAGUCUGGCAGCGUUCAGCCCCACCGAGAGGGGAGUAGUGGUUUACACGGGAUAUGCUGCUCAGAGGGAGCUUACCUUCUACUGCCUGAAAAAGAAGCAGGUGAUUAGGACAGUGUCUCUCACUGACUGGGCUCUGUGUCUCAGUCUGAGUUGUAGAGGAAAGCUGCUCGCUGUCGGAUCAAACCAGCGCGUCCUAAAGCUGAUCGACUCCUCCAGCGGACGCUUUCAGGAUUUCACGGGGCACAGCGACUCGGUUCAGCACUGCAGCUUCAGUCAGUCAGGAACUCAGCUGUUUACUACAGCGCAUGGGGAAGUUUUCCUGUGGAGCCUUAGAGACCUCUGACGGACACACACACACACACACACACACAGCAAUGGUAUCUUCUGAAUGGUGUUUUCUGAACUACAAAAGGUCAACGCUAACACACACACAUACACACACAUAUGGUAUUUAUUAUAGUGCAUUUGCAUCUUUACUCACUACAUACAAACACAUAUUGUAGACUCAGUACAUGACUUCACCCAGACUGAACUUUUAAUUCCUAGUUUUAUUCCUUUUUAUCCACCAAAUCCAAUUCUGUUCCUCUCAGCGUGCGUGUUUUGUGAUCGCGUUCUGAGGCAGUUUAGUUGAGGUUUUAACUUCACAGAAUGUUCGAACACUUUAAUAUGUUUUUAAAUAAAUGUCU